CCGCAUCUUCAAACGAGCAACACCUCUUUGUUUUAUUGGACUGGAUUUGUCAGAUUCAAUCAAAAUGAAGAUCGCUGCCUUCAAUGUCCAGAGACUGGGAAGGGCUAAAGUCAACAAGGAGGACGUACGGGAUAUUAUCAUUGAGAUUGUGUCUCAGUACAGCGUGGUGGUGCUGCUGGAGGUGACGGAUGUGAGUGGUGAGGCCAUGAAACUGCUCCUCAAACACCUUAAUGUCUAUAGAGAUAACAUAAUUAAUCCGUACGACAUGCUGUGCAGUGAAUCUCUGGGACCAAAUCGUUACAAGGAGAAGUUUGUCUACUUCUACAGGUCAGAAACACAAGUACAGCCAAACCAGGACAAUCCUAUGUGUAGUUUAAAGACCUUUUAGGGCAACAGAGACAGACUUGAAAUGGGGAGUGAUGACACACGGCAAAUGGUCUUCGAACUGGAUUCAGACCAAGCCUCAGUACACAUCUACCAAUUGUGCUUUACGUUAUGUCUCACAGGAAUUAAAAUAUGUCUUAAAUUGGUAACAGCCACAUUCAGUCGGAUACUUAUCAUUUAAAAACUGUGUGGAAUAUCAAAGACAAAAAAAAAAAGUUAUCAAUAUUUUGAACCAGUAAUCUGUGACACAUUACAUUACUCUUCAUUGAGACGCUUGACUUCAAUCUUUUAAGUUCUAUAAUCUAUAAGACCCAGAACAUCAUAGGCUUUACAAAUCAUCACAGUGUGCUGCUUGCCCAAGGCUUGAGAUAUCUCACUAACUAAUGAAAAUACAUGAAUA